AGCGUGUUGCAAAAGCUGCACACAGUGACCCGCUUGUUAUUGGUCAGAAUGCUGGUGAACCGGGAACAAAAAGAGCCAGACAUUGUCGCUCUGUCCCGGUGCAGUGAGGCAUCAAAUACCUUCAGAGUGAGCUGCAUCUGGACCUCAGACUCAUGUGUGCCGGCCAGAAACCAUUAAAGACGGCAGCCGGACAGCAAACUGGAUGCUAUGUGUUUGUUUCCUCUCGGUAUGGGCUGAGAAGAGUUUUGUGUCAUUUCCUCUGAUUGGAAGCAGAUUUUUUCCGACAACAGAAUGUGAUUUAUCUCCUGAACUCUUCCAAACUCAACCCAUCCUGCUUGAUUUCAUGAAGACGGGAACCAAUUCCUUCCUACGUCAGGCCUCUUGAGAUGGAGUUGUGUGUUAACCGGGAACAAACCAUCUGAAGACGUCCAACAUGACGAGGGCGACGGCGUCCAUUCUCCAUCUGACAGUUACAACUCUCCUAUGCCUCUGCGCGCAGCUGCAUUGCCUGGAGAUAACACCCAACGACAAAGAGCUGGUCCUGGCCGAGGGCUCCUCCCUCACCCUUACCUGCUCCGGCUUCAGGGAGACGACUUGGGAGUUCAAGAGGGACGAUGUGCCGUAUUUCCAAGUGGAGCAAGUUCAAAAUGCAGGCCAAAGCUAUCAAAUCGUGCAAAGCGGCGCCACAUCUAGCAUUUUGACCCUGAAAAAUGUGAGCUGGAAGCACACGGGGGUGUACCUGUGCGUUGAUCGACACACUGGAGAAACUACGGAGGUUGUCGUGUUUGUCCCAGACCCUGAUGUGUGGUUCAUAGAGAGGUUCCAUGGCAUGGUAACUAAGACCAAUGAGGAGAGCAGCAUCCCCUGCGUGGUCACCAACCCAAACAUUAACGUCACCCUGUACGAGAGGGACACUGACAUGCCAAUCAGAGGACAUUAUGUCCCCAGCGAGGGGUACGAGGCGCCGCUGGAGGAAAGGACCUACGUGUGUCGAGGAGAGCUGAACGGGGACGUGGUGGAGUCUCAGGCCUUCUACGUUUACAGCAUUGCUGUCCCGGAGGCCAUCAACGCCCACAUCAAUACGUCAAAGACGGUGCUGAAACAAGGCGAACCGCUGACAGUCAACUGCACGGUGCACGGAGUGGAGCUUGUGUAUUUCUCCUGGGAGAUCCCCAACAGACAUCUGAUUGAGGUGGAGCCGCUCACAGACGUCCUGUCGUCCACCAACAUGCGCUCCUGCCUCAUCUUCUCUCGAGCCACGGUGGCCCACAGCGGAAACUACGUCUGCCAUGUCCACGAGGGCAUGCAAGAGCAGAGGGACUCUGCCAGCGUCAACAUCACUGUGCUCGAGCGAGGCUUCGUGGACGUGAAGGCUGCCAAACAACAGAACAUUUCAGCCAAGCUGCAGGAGAACGUGGAGCUGAGAGUUGAGAUUGAGGCCUACCCUCCCCCCGAAGUCCGCUGGAGCAAGGACGGUGCCACCAUCAACGGAGACAAAACCAUCACAACCAGAGCAGAGCAUGAGAUCAGGUACAUCACUACUCUCACCUUGGUGAGGGUGAGGACGGAGCAGAAGGGACUCUACACCGUCCUCGUCACCAACGGAGACGACACAAAGGAAGUGACCUUUGACCUGGAGGUUCGAGUUCCCUCUCAGAUUAAAGACCUGACCGACCUCCACCUCCCAGGGAAGAGACAUUUGGUGACCUGUGUAGCUGAGGGGGUCCCAACCCCGACCAUCGAGUGGUACAGCUGUGACAGCAUGCUCAAGUGUAGCAACCAGACAGCGGUUUGGCAGCUGCUGACGCCAAAGCCGGAGGAACUGAGCAUCGAAACCAACGUGGGCUACAGCGAGACUCGGAAAACCAGUCAGGUCCGCAGCCAGGUGACCUUCCAAAAGCCCCAGCAGGUCACUGUCCGCUGUGAGACCAGCAACCAAGCAGGCCUUGUCGACAGGAGGGACAUCAAACUGGUGUCCGGCACCACGCUGUUCUCCCAGGUGACAGUGUUGGCUGCUGUUCUCGCCCUGCUGGUCAUCGUUAUCACGGGCUUCAUCAUCCUCAUCGCCGUGUGGAGGAAGAAACCUCGCUACGAGAUCCGGUGGAAGGUGAUAGAGUCUGUGAGCCAGGACGGUCAUGAGUACAUCUAUGUGGACCCCAUCCACCUGCCCUAUGACCUGGCUUGGGAAAUGUCACGAGACAACCUGGUGUUGGGUCGCACUCUUGGAUCAGGAGCCUUUGGCAGGGUGGUCGAGGCAACUGCGUACGGUCUGGCUCAUUCCCAGUCCAGCACAAAGGUGGCAGUGAAAAUGCUGAAGUCCACAGCCAGGAGGAGUGAGACCCAGGCCCUGAUGUCCGAGCUGAAGAUCAUGAGUCACCUGGGACCUCACCUCAACAUUGUGAACCUGCUGGGAGCUUGCACUAAAAAUGGGCCUCUGUACCUGGUGACGGAGUACUGUCGCUAUGGCGACCUGGUGGACUACCUUCACAGGAACAAGCACACGUUCUUGCAGGACUACGCUGAAAAGAACCAAGAUGACGGCUGCCUCAUCUCGGGAGGAAGCACACCGCUUAGCCAGAGGAAAGGCUAUGUAUCUUUCGGAAGUGAGAGCGAUGGAGGCUACAUGGACAUGAGUAAAGAUGAGCCCUCGAUCUACAUGCCCAUGCAGGAGCAGAUAGAUACCAUCAAGUACGCAGACAUCCAGCCUUCUCCAUAUGAGUCUCCCUACCAGCAAGACAUCUACCAGGAACAAGAUGACAGCAGAUUGGACCUAGCCAUCAGUGACUCUUCCAUCCUCACCUUCGACGAUCUUUUGAGCUUCAGCUACCAAGUGGCGAAGGGGAUGGAGUUCCUCGCCUCCAAGAAUUGUGUCCAUCGUGACCUCGCUGCCAGGAACGUCUUGAUCUGUGAGGGCAAACUGGUGAAGAUCUGUGACUUCGGCCUGGCCAGAGACAUCAUGCAUGACUCCAACUACAUCUCUAAAGGCAGCACCUUCCUGCCCCUGAAGUGGAUGGCACCUGAAAGUAUUUUCCACAAUUUGUACACAACCCUGAGCGAUGUGUGGUCGUAUGGCAUACUUCUUUGGGAGAUCUUCACACUGGGAGGAACCCCCUACCCUGAUCUGCCUAUGAAUGAGUUAUUCUACAGCGCUCUGAAGAGAGGUUACCGAAUGACCAAACCCGCCCACGCCUCUGAUGAAGUCUAUGAUAUCAUGAGGAAGUGCUGGGAUGAGAAGUUUGAGACGAGGCCUGACUUCUCCUUUCUGGUGCACAGUAUGGGGAAUAUGCUGGCAGACGGCUAUAAAAAGAGAUACAAUCAAGUCAACGACAACUUCCUGAAGAGCGACCAUCCGGCUGUUGCCCGCACCAAGCCCCGGCUCUCCUCACCCUUUCCCAUCGCCAAUCCAUCAUUUGGCUCCCCCGCUUCCCCCGCCACCCUCUCCUUCCCCCCGGACCCCUACAACCAGUACCCGGGAAACUUUAGACAGCAGGCCGACGCGCAGGACGUCAUAACCUCAUACAACGAGUACAUCAUUCCAAUCCCAGACCCCAAGCCGGAGGAAGCUUUCACUGACGUGCCAUCAGAGAGCCCUGCCAGCUCUGAGGCUCUGGAGGAGGAGAGCGACUCCGUGUCUCAGGACACGGCGGACACCCUGCCAGAGGAGGACAGGCUGGAGGAGACCAGCGAGAGAGACGCUCUGCUGGGCUCAUCCGGGACGCCUGAGGUAGAGGACAGCUUCCUGUAGCCACACUAGCCUGAACCCUGAGAGAACGCAGCCCUUUUAUGGGGAUUUCUUUUUAACAUGCCUGAAAAAGGGAACGCGACUAAACUAGAAUGUAGCAAAAUGGAGACCGAGAAGGCAACCUCUGUAUUUCCACUAAGCACUCUAAAGGUUUUGUCCUUCUUUGAGUUUUUGUUUCACACCUAAUACCUCUGGGAUUACAAACGGUUACAGAUAGCGAGCGUGAUGUUAUCAACCAGUCAUUUAUUGAGAGUUGAAUGCGGUACACUCCUCACACUCCUGUAGAAUCAGUUUACAGUGAGUGCAGAGGUGUUCACUGUAUCCUCCAGUUUAGAUUUAUGAGGCCUUAUGAGACAUGUGCUUUAUUCCUUGCACACAUUUAGCCUUAUGCCCUUCGUUGGCUUUUCACAUUAAAUCCCUCCCACCUUCUCAACCGGUGUAGAUUUUAAUGAACAGUUUUAUCAGUUGUAAUAAUACAAAAAUGAUUAACUCAAAAAUAGAAAAUGUACACACGUUCAAAACUAAGUAAUAAAAGUUCAAUAUGAAUGGGAAUCCUCAAUAUUAAUUAAACUUUUAGUAAACCACCACCAUUAGUCAUGGAAUUUGGAUAAUUAAAUCAAAACUUAUUUUUUCCUCCACAGCUGUUGUAAAGUAUUUUUGUAAAAUCUUAUUCCCGGUAUAUGAAAUGCAGACAGAAUCUACAUGCACUGUUUUACCAUCAGAUUAUGUUUUUUUUGUUUGAUAUGCAUUAGAGCCAGCAUUCUCCCAUUUUCUCUUUUGUUUUCAGAGAUUUUUGAGAUGAUAUCAAAUGUAUAUGUCUUUCGUGAAGUUUGAAUAGCGCCCUUUGUCUUUGAAUACUUGUUUCUGUGUAGGCUUUAAUUCAUAGUCCUGUGCCAGAUUUGCACUUUAUUUAGAAGAGACGCUUCAUUAUAAGGAAAUAUAAAAUUACACAAUGUUACAAAAGAAGAAGCUGAGAAUUUAUUGAGGGAGAUUGAGUUUUGCUUUUCAAUGUGUGGCUGUGAGAGAUAGGUAAUGACUCCCGGUGUCUUGGAGGACAGGCGGUUGUCAAGUGAAAAUAAUAAACCCAGCGUAUCACUGCCUUAGCACAAGAUGGCACACAUGGACGCCUUUGUACAGACUGAGAUAUUUGUUUCUGCAGCUGAAGCCGCGCGCUGAUAUGAAGGGCUAUACUGUACUCAAGGAACCUAGAUAGCCAUAUGUGCACAUGUAGAAAUUAUGCUUCUGUUGCAAUGUUUAACAUUCACUUACACGAUGUCCACUUCCAUUACAUAAUCCACCAUUUAAAACGACACUAGUUUUAUUUCCUGUAGCAUUUGUUCCACAUUAUUAAAUGCACAUCACAGUAUCACAAGCUACGGUACCAAAGCUCUUGUUAACGUUUACAAAUGUAUUUUUAUAUAUAUGUGUCAUUUUAUAUGUUGUAAAUGUCAAAAUAAAUGUGUAUUAUCAUAGUA